AGCGGCAGUGGCCGCCGACGGAGCAGUCUGAGCCCGACGAUGAGGCCGGGGACUGGAGCCGAGCGUGGAGGCCUCAUGGUGAGUGAAAUGGAGAGCCAACCUCCCUCGCGGGGUCCCGGGGACGGGGAGCGGAGAUUGUCCGGCUCAAACCUGUGCUCCAGUUCUUGGGUCUCUGCUGACGGCUUCCUGAGGAGACGGCCCUCGAUGGGGCAUCCUGGCAUGCAUUAUGCACCAAUGGGCAUGCACCCUAUGGGUCAGAGAGCAAACAUGCCUCCUGUACCUCAUGGAAUGAUGCCACAGAUGAUGCCCCCUAUGGGAGGGCCUCCAAUGGGACAAAAAGAUAAAAUAAAACAAUUUGCUACUGCCAGACGCUUCUCUCUUUUCUGGGGCCUUCUGUGUCCAUUGGGCCAGGCAAGAUGCCUGGAAUGAUGUCUUCAGUAAUGUCAGGAAUGAUGAUGUCUCAUAUGUCUCAGGCUUCCAUGCAACCUGCCUUACCGCCUGGAGUAAAUAGUAUGGAUGUAGCAGCAGGUGCAGCAUCUGGUGCAAAAUCAAUGUGGACAGAACAUAAAUCACCUGAUGGAAGGACUUAUUAUUACAAUACUGAAACAAAACAGUCUACCUGGGAAAAGCCAGAUGAUCUUAAAACACCUGCUGAGCAACUAUUGUCUAAAUGCCCAUGGAAAGAGUACAAAUCUGAUUCCGGGAAGCCUUAUUACUAUAAUUCUCAAACAAAGGAGUCCCGCUGGGCCAAACCUAAGGAACUUGAAGAUCUUGAAGGAUACCAGAAUACCAUUGUUGCUGGAGGUCUUAUUACAAAAUCAAACCUGCAUGCCAUGAUCAAAGCUGAAGAAAGCAGCAAGCAAGAAGAAUGUACUACAGCAUCAACAGCCCCAGUUCCUACAACAGAAAUUCCUACCACUAUGAGCACCAUGGCUGCUGCAGAAGCAGCGGCUGCUGUUGUUGCAGCUGCUGCAGCUGCUGCAGCAGCAGCUAAUGCCAAUACUUCCACCACACCUACUAAUACUGUGGGAAGUGUUCCAGUUGCUCCUGAACCUGAGGUUACUUCCAUUGUUGCUACUGCUGUAGAUAAUGAAAAUACAGUAACUGUAUCAACUGAAGAGCAAGCACAGCUUGCUAAUACCACAGCUAUUCAAGAUCUCAGUGGUGAUAUAUCCAGUAACACUGGAGAGGAACCAGCUAAACAAGAAACUGUCUCCGAUUUUACUCCUAAAAAAGAAGAGGAAGAGAGCCAACCAGCAAAAAAAACAUAUACUUGGAAUACAAAGGAGGAGGCAAAGCAAGCAUUUAAAGAAUUAUUGAAAGAAAAGCGGGUGCCCUCCAAUGCUUCAUGGGAGCAGGCUAUGAAAAUGAUCAUAAAUGAUCCUCGGUACAGUGCUUUAGCAAAGCUGAGUGAGAAAAAGCAGGCCUUUAAUGCCUAUAAAGUCCAGACGGAGAAAGAGGAAAAAGAAGAAGCAAGAUCAAAAUACAAAGAAGCUAAGGAAUCUUUUCAGCGUUUUCUUGAAAAUCAUGAGAAAAUGACUUCCACAACCAGAUACAAAAAAGCUGAGCAAAUGUUUGGGGAGAUGGAAGUUUGGAAUGCAAUUUCAGAGCGUGAUCGUCUAGAAAUCUAUGAAGAUGUUUUGUUCUUCCUUUCAAAGAAAGAAAAGGAACAAGCAAAGCAGCUACGAAAGAGAAAUUGGGAAGCCUUAAAAAACAUACUUGACAAUAUGGCUAACGUUACAUACUCUACCACUUGGUCUGAAGCCCAGCAGUAUCUGAUGGAUAAUCCAACGUUCGCAGAGGAUGAAGAGUUACAGAACAUGGAUAAAGAAGAUGCAUUAAUAUGCUUUGAGGAACACAUCCGGGCUUUAGAAAAGGAAGAAGAAGAAGAAAAACAGAAGACUUUGUUGAGAGAAAGGAGGAGGCAGCGUAAAAAUAGGGAAUCUUUUCAGAUCUUUCUGGACGAGUUGCACGAGCAUGGGCAGCUGCACUCUAUGUCCUCUUGGAUGGAGCUGUAUCCCACCAUCAGCUCUGACAUUCGCUUCACUAACAUGCUGGGUCAGCCGGUUUUUUCAUUAGGAUCAACUGCACUUGAUCUUUUCAAGUUUUAUGUUGAAGAUCUUAAAGCACGAUAUCAUGAUGAAAAGAAGAUAAUAAAAGACAUUCUGAAGGAUAAAGGAUUUGUAGUUGAAGUAAACACUACUUUUGAAGAUUUUGUGGCAAUAAUCAGUUCAACCAAAAGAUCAACUACUUUGGAUGCUGGAAAUAUCAAGUUGGCUUUCAAUAGUUUACUAGAAAAGGCAGAAGCCCGUGAACGUGAGAGAGAAAAAGAAGAGGCUCGGAAAAUGAAACGGAAAGAGUCUGCCUUUAAGAGUAUGUUGAAACAGGCUACCCCUCCAAUAGAACUGGAUGCUGUCUGGGAAGAUAUCCGGGAAAGAUUUGUAAAGGAACCAGCGUUUGAGGAUAUAACUCUAGAAUCUGAAAGAAAAAGAAUAUUUAAAGAUUUCAUGCAUGUGCUUGAGCAUGAAUGUCAGCAUCAUCAUUCAAAGAACAAGAAACAUUCUAAGAAAUCUAAAAAGCACCAUAGGAAACGCUCCCGCUCUCGAUCGGGAUCAGAGUCAGAUGAUGACGACAGCCAUUCAAAGAAAAAAAGGCAGCGAUCAGAGUCUCAUUCUGCUUCAGAGCGUUCGUCCAGUGCUGAGUCUGAGAGAAGUUACAAGAAGUCAAAAAAGCAUAAGAAGAAAAGCAAAAAGAGGAGGCAUAAAUCUGACUCUCCAGAAUCAGAUACUGAACGAGAAAAGGAUAAAAAAGAAAAAGAUCGGGACAGUGAAAAAGACAGAAGUAGACAGAGAUCAGAAUCAAAACACAAAUCACCUAAGAAAAAGACUGGAAAGGAUUCUGGUAACUGGGAUACUUCUGGCAGUGAACUGAGUGAAGGGGAAUUGGAAAAGCGCAGAAGAACCCUUUUGGAGCAACUGGAUGAUGAUCAAUAAAUUAUACCAAAUAUAUGUUUAUAGUAUGAUUUAAAGUCUAAUUCAGACCAGGGAUUAUUUUAAGUCCAAUUUACAUAACACUGGGUUUUAAUUGUGUCACAGGAAAAAGUGCAUUUAUGUAUUGUUAUUGUGGACUUUAUAAAAGCAAAGGAAUUGAAAAUAACUUGAUUCUGUAUCAAGAAUCAUAUUUUCCUAUGGUAAUAACUGUCUUUCUGUGACCCUUUCACAGGGCACUACAGGAUGGAUUAAAAGUGGCAAUUUCAUGAUAGCUGCAGACGUCUCUACUUUGUUCUAAGUCAUGAGGUGAUUUGAUUUCCUUUAUAGAAGUUGGAUUUUGAAGAUACAAUGAAAAUUUUUGAUAAUGUAGUACAAAAAAAGCACCAGCAACCUAUGAGAAGACUGCUUUUUUGUGCACUACUGAACUGGUUAAAGCCAAUGUGAUCUUCUGUGGUGAGCUCUUAAGAAACAGGUGUUUUUGAUGGAGCCUUGGUAGACCUUUAACAGCAGUGGUGCUAACGAGCACUGCUGUAAAAAAGCCACCAUUAUUUUUUAUGAAACAUCUGAACAUUUUAAAAAGGCUUAUGAGGGCAUUAUUUUGAGCAUCUAUUUUGAGGUGAUGUUUUAAAAUAGCUAACAUCAAGUCAAAUUGUAAAUUAGUUGAAAUAUAUUGCCUUAAGGACCUACUAAAGAAUGUGCCACCAAACUUUUGAGUAAUAGUUGAAAUAUCCUUGUCAGGGGUGGGAAAUCAAUGUUGACUUAAACAUUUUCUUUUAAUUUUUAAUCCAACCUUUCUCUUACACUUUUUUUUUAAUUCCACUGAGGAGGUUGUAAAUUACCUUCCUUACUGAGAAGUAUUGACUUCAUGGUACACAUUCUAAAGCAUUUCUGAUUUCAAUAUUUUUGUACAUUUUUAUCUAUUAUUAAACUUCUCUUGUAGUGUGCACUAGUCUUUAUUUCUACAUAAGCUGCUCAGCUCUAAGGAAAUUGUAUGAUCAUUUUCAAGAUAAUAAAUCCCUGAAAUUUUGUUUCAUCGUACCCAUGGUAGCUACAGUACUUUUUUUUAAUAUUUAUGAACAUCGUAAAUCAGUGCAUUUGAGGUUCUUAAAUGUGUUUUCACCUAUAAAUUUCCUAUGGAAUAUUUUAGAAAGGCAAUGACUAUUUUAGAAAGGCAGUGGCUUAAAGUUACAAUUCUCUUUACCUGCUAACUCUUGAAGGUUAGUAAUGUGAUUUAUACAAUUUCCUUCAGUGCAGGAGAUUUUGUUUGUUAAUUCUUAUGUAAAGAUUAGCAGUUGUUCUUUAGUAUUCUCUUUGUUCUUAUAAUUUGGACAUGCUGAGAUUAUCUCUUUCAAGUUGAGAUUUAAAUAGAAUAUAAAUUAUUUCAUUGCCCUUUAAAUGAGUUAGGACAGAUCAGUACAGCCCUUUUUCCAUCCUGCCCAGGUUUUUGAUUAAAUACUGGCCAGGGUUUUAAAACCUCACAAGGGAGGUACUUUAUUUCUAACCUUCUCAUCGCCAUGUCCAUUUUCUGUUGAGAUAUAAGACAUACUUUGUGGAAAAGAGCAUUCUCUUAGAGAAAACGUUAUAUGAUCAAAUUGCUUGCUUGAGAUUAGUUCCUCCUCCCCUCCCCCACUCCCCCCCCCCAGUUGUAUGUUAUUCAAAAUACCUAACAACUUGCAACAGAAUCUCCUUGAGUUUAAUUUUCAGGGGUCCUCAUUUAGCAAUAGUCAAGAUUGCUAAUGAGUCCCAGUACUUGACACGGAGGUCAGAGAUAGUCUUUAAAUCAUGCUUAUUUUUGGAAACAAACCAGUAGUAUUUCAUAAGAGAAAUUAGAAUCUGUAAAAUAUGUUUUAAUUCCAUGAAUAAUGAUUUUUAAAGUACAACAUUAAAUUUUUGAUAUAUUUGAAUAAAAAGCUAUUGAUGUUUUAGCAUGUCCUCAAAAUAGAUUUCUGUGCUUCUUAUAAUUUCUUCACAUCUUCAGAGUCUUAUAAAACAUGAUCAAUUAAACUAUCCCUGCAAUGAACCUAUGCAAAUCAGACACAGCAAAAGACAUAAAGUGAUUCUCUUGACUAAAACAGUUUUUUUGUUGUUGUUUUGGUUUUGGUUUUUUGGAGAUAGGGCUUUUGUGUAGCAGCAGCUGUCUUGGAACUCUGUAGGCCAACAGGCCCCAAACUCAGAGAUCCCCCUGCCUCUGCCUCUUUUCUUGUAAAUGUUACUGUGAACAGAUCAAUAUCAUAACAGAACCAAAUUGAUUUAAAUAGAAGUUUUAUAUCAGUGUGUUGAAUUUUGACUUUAGGUACCUGGAAAUGUAAUAUCCUUGCUAUAAAACAUGUAAAUCCAGUCUACUCUAUUGUCUUGUUUUGAUUAUACCAUCAGACACAUUGUAGUUGCUAGACGUAGUAUGAAGGCACAGGUGAUGGGGCAGUCCUAAAUUUCUGACUCUUAAAUCCAGUAGAUCAUGUUUCUACAUCUUCAGUUUGACAAAGGCAGAUGUAUCUUUGAAUGCUUGUUCUUCUAGAGUUACUUCUGGAGUUACUCAAAUAGCCAAGCAGUUAAUAUAAGUUUAUAUAUUUCACUUAAGACUAGGAGUCUAAUGCUGAUACUGUGUUGUCCUCAGCAUCACUAAUACUGAUCAAACUUGCUAAUAUAUUCAUAUCAAGCAAAAUCAUGACCUCAGAUACUUGACGUUCUUAUUUUCUCUUAUCACUACCAUGUUGGGAAAAUUUGUAAGGGAAGUUAGUAUGGCCAAUUUAGCAUGUGGAUUAUCUGUCAGCUUCACAAAUGAAUUUAAUGUGACAGAAGCAUAGAUUUUUCAUUUCAGCUUGUAAAACUUCGUCUUUUGGAUUUUUCUUAAGUGGGCCUGGUGUAUAGCUAUAAAUGAAAGUAUGUACCUGGUAUAAGGCAGUUCAUAUAGAUCAGUAAUCGCAACUAAAAAGUCUAUGCAUUUUCCUGUAAACCCUGUGUAGUUUGAGGCUAUAGUGCACUGUUUUCAUUCAUUUAUAUGCUUAACUAAGCAUUUGCUGAAUGCUACUUACUGGUUUUACUCCAGUGUUUAAAGUUGACUAAGUGUUCAGUAGACAUUUUGCAUCCAGAAGAGAAAAAUUAGAUUUAUGUAUUCUGAUCAGAUAAUACCUAGGGAAGAGUUAUGAAGAAUGCUUUCAUUUGUGCUCAUAGAAUUUUAACAUAAAAUGAUGUAAACUUAAAUAUAAACUUGUAAAGUUUUUGAAACAAGAAAACAAACUAGAUUAAGUUAAAUAGAUUUUCCUUUGGGAAAAUUUUUAAUUUAACCCACCUUUCUCCUCUAGGUUAAAUACACUUACUAUAUUUACAAAAAGGGAAAAGAAAAAUGAUGCGCGGUGGGAGGUUUUUUGUUGUUGUUUUGUUUUUCAUGGAACUACAAGGGGUUUAUGUUUUCAUUUUAUGUUUCUGCUAAUAACAUUUGCCACUCUUAACAAUUCUCUUUAUCAUCCUGUGUGUUUUAAGUCCUCUGUUUAUUCUGAUGACACAUUUUGUAGUCUUGCAAAAUCUUCGGGUGGGAUUUAUCUGUUUCAUUCACUAGUGUGAGAGUGUGUGUGUGUGUGUGUGGUAUAUACAUACAUACAUGUCUUGAUUAGGACUCUGACUGCACUUAACAGAUAUAAAAUGUCAAUUGACAUAUGUAGUCAUAUAUAUCCCAUCAUCCAUACAAGAGAGCUUAAAAGAGGCAUCAUGGCAAUUAAAGCAUCCCACUGAGAACUGAUGCUUCAUCCAUAAAGUCCACUUACAGGAAAGUCUAGUUACUGUAACUUAGGACAUGCCAAAAAGCUUAAAAAGGAAAUUCAUACCUGUGAGAUAAAAAAUAUAAAGGGAUGAGUCAUGGUAACACUGUUGCACUCCAUGUCUUGGGGCUCCUUUCAAUGUAAGAAUGAAAGAUAACAUACACUUUGUUGAGCUGUCCUCCAUUUUAGACCCGACCCCCCCCCCCCCCCGUUUAAGUUCCUUAAUAAGAUGCUAUUCCUAAACCUGCUGUAUGUGCUCAACAGCUGCAUUUGAGAAUGAGUGGAUUCAGUUCAAGGUCAUCGGUGGAACCAGUCUUUGACAGUGAUGACCCUAGUAUAAUUAAUGUUUACAUUUCAAAGAAACAGGCUAGUCCAUAACGCUGCUCUUCAAUCUGGGCUAUGGAGCAGAUCACAUUCAAGCUAAGCCAUUUUUUGAUACUAUGCUGUGACUGUUACUAGAGUAUCUCCUGGUUACUGAAAUCUUUGGUUUUUGGUCCUGACUACUAACAUAUUUGGGUAGGUGUUAGUGUAGUCAUCUUGCCUUCCUCUACAACUAAACAGGAUUUGUUCAGAAAGGUAAUUGGCAAAAGGUUUAUCUUUUCUAUGCAAUCACCAGAUUUUUAUUUGUUUUUAUAUUUGUGUGAUGUAUGGAACCUCAUAGAUACAACGGACCUUUUGUAAAUAGAGCAAUGGCAUAUUUAUUAAAUAAGUUGGAUUUGU